AUGUCUCGAGCUGCACGCAACAAGAAGGCACCCGGAGCCGAGUUUGCUUGGAAGUCUGAGGGGGGCGGGGAAGUAGACACCUCGCCAACACCACUAUUUCCCAAAUAUACCGUACCUGUCCCUGCUCAAUUUACCGACGCAGAAAUAUCAAGAGUACAACUCUAUCGUCAAUUGCGGGAGAAAAUCCACGAUGGACCGUUUUACACUGUUCUUGCAUCGCAGCCGUCAUACGGCAAGAAAGGUGUCCCAGCUCGAGCACAGUUUGACCCUUUCCAGGGCAUGGCGUCUUAUGGACAAAGAUAUAUGAAAAAAUCGAGAACAUUACCGAAAUUAAGUGCAGUGCCAUUUGGUAAUGCUCUCCUCACCCCGCAUUACUUUGACGUAGUUCAAAGAACGAACAAGAAAAGAGAGUCUAACAAUAUUGCAGAGAUGAACUACUUCCCCAAGGAGCUAUGGUCAACACUCGAUCCGAAAUACGUUGGGCUACCAGGGACGUUUGCGAAUGGUGGAGGAUUCUCCAAGGCCAUGCAGAAACGCGGGUUCGAGGAGGAUGAGGAUGAAGACGAGGAAGACGAGGGCCGGCGGAAGAAGCGGAACCAAGGCGACGAAGAUGAUGAAGGGUCUGAUGCGGGUGGUAGGCGACGAACGGGUGUUCGUGAGGGUGAAGACGCACUAGACGAUGACGAGGAAGACGCUGAGGACGAGAUAGUGGACGAUGAUUUCGAAGAAGAUGAGGAAGAGAUGGGAGGUGACUAUAAUGCUGAGCAAUACUUUGACGGAGGUGAUGAGCUCGGCGACGGGUUCGACGAAGGUGGUGGAGACGAUAACGACGUCUACUGA